AAAAAUUCUACUAUAUGGCAAUGAUGACUUUACUUCAGCUUGACAGUGACAGGUCUCCUCAUUGACAAAUCGCGAUGACGUUCCGUUGAGAGCGGUGGUUCGUUCGGGUGGGCCGCGCUCUCUGCCGAAUAUUUGUGAGAUAAUAAUUAUUUCCGAUUUAACCGGCGCCUUAGCGACCGCGAGUAGCUAUGGCGGACGAGGAGAAUAAUUGUGAUGAAGGUGGUGAAUAUAAAGCGGGACAGGCGUUCCGUUUGCGGGGCCGCAAGGGUGCGCUCAAAAAGAAGAAUGUUUAUCUGGUGAAAGACCACAAGUUCAUGCCGAGGUUCUUCAAGCAGCCUACGUUCUGUUCCCACUGCAAGGACUUUAUAUGGGGCUUCGGAAAGCAAGGCUACCAGUGUCAAGUGUGCAGUUUCGUCGUGCACAAGCGAUGCCACGAGUAUGUGACGUUCACCUGCCCCGGCGCCGACAAGGGGGCGGACUCGGACGCGGCCUACGCUCCUCACAAAUGGAACACGUGGACGUUCCUUGCUCCAACUUUUUGUGAACACUGCGGUACAUUACUCCAUGGUCUCGCCCAUCAGGGAUUAAAAUGCGGAGCAUGCGACAUGAACGUGCACAAGCGCUGCGAGGAGUCAGUGCCGAACCUGUGCGGCUGCGACCACACGGAGCGGCGCGGGCGCAUCCAACUGACGGUCUCGUGCCAGGGGAACAAGCUCACUGUAGUAGUGAUCCAAGGCCGCAACUUGAUCCCGAUGGACCCCAACGGGCUGUCGGACCCCUACGUCAAGAUGAAGCUGAUCCCGGACUCUGACAAUGUCAAGAAAAAAACCAAGACCAUGAGGAGCACCCUGAACCCCGUGUGGAACGAGACGCUGUCCUUCGACCUCAAGGCUGAGGAUAAGGACAGGAGGCUAUUGAUUGAGGUUUGGGAUUGGGAUCGUACUUCCCGUAAUGACUUCAUGGGAUCCCUUUCCUUUGGGAUCUCGGAGCUGAUGAAGGCACCAGCCGAGGGCUGGUUCAAGCUGCUCACCCAAGAGGAGGGAGAGUUUUACAACGUGCCGGUGCCAGAGGAGGGCACUGACCUCGCGCAGCUGAAGAAUCAGAUGAGGGCUACCAGCGUGGGCGCCCGCAGAGCCCCGCCCCCGCCGGACAGAGAGGUCCCGCAUAACAUGGCCGCUGCUGACGUCAUCAGGGCCUCCGAUUUCCACUUCAUCAUGGUGCUUGGAAAGGGAUCCUUCGGAAAAGUAAUGUUAGCGGAACGCCGUGGCACCGACGAGCUAUAUGCCAUCAAGAUCCUGAAGAAGGACAUCAUCAUCCAGGAUGACGACGUGGAGUGCACCAUGGUGGAGAAGCGAGUACUGGCGCUCAGCAGCAAGCCACCGUUCCUGGUGCAGCUGCAUUCCUGCUUCCAGACUAUGGACCGUCUCUACUUCGUGAUGGAGUACGUGAACGGCGGUGAUCUCAUGUUCCAGAUUCAGCAGUGCGGGAAAUUCAAAGAACCUGUGGCCGUAUUCUACGCGUCAGAGAUCGCUAUCGGCCUCUUCUUCCUGCACUCUCGCGGUAUCGUCUACCGUGAUCUGAAGCUUGACAACGUCCUCUUGGACCAAGACGGUCACAUCAAGAUCGCUGACUUCGGCAUGUGCAAAGAAGGCAUCACUGGCGACAAAACUACCAAGACCUUCUGCGGUACCCCAGAUUACAUCGCCCCGGAGAUCAUUUUAUAUCAGCCGUAUGGCAAGUCGGUGGAUUGGUGGGCUUAUGGCGUACUGUUGUAUGAGAUGUUGGUGGGACAGCCGCCGUUUGAUGGCGAGGAUGAAGAGGAACUGUUCGCUGCUAUCACUGAUAACAGUGUGUCGUAUCCAAAGACUUUGAGCAAGGAAGCCAAAGACGCAUGCAAGGCGUUCCUGAUGAAGAACCCUCAGAAGCGGCUGGGCUGCAACGCGCGCGGCGAGGAGGACGUGCGCACUCACCCUUUCUUCCGCCGCAUCGACUGGGCGCGCAUCGAGGCCAGGGAUGUGCAGCCGCCCUUCAAGCCCAAGAUUAAACAUCGCAAGGACGUGUCGAACUUCGACAAGCAGUUCACUCAGGAGAAGACCGAGCUGACGCCGACGGACAAACUGUUCAUGAUGAACCUCGACCAGACCGAGUUCAUGGGCUUCUCCUUCCUCAACCCCGAGUUCGUGCAGCACGUCUGAACAACCAAGGGUUGAAUUUCUCCUCAUUAUCGAAGCUGGCUCAUGGUGGGGCGUGGGCCCAACGGGUCAGCAUUUCACUCCAUCUGUCGACUGUCUCUGUCACUCAUGCGACGCGAGUCGUGCUGUCUCACUCUCGACUAUACAUUAUGUUCCGACGAUUAGCUAUCAUUGUAUCGUUGAUUCUUGAGGGAAUGCCGUUCUUAGGCUCUUCCGAGGACGUUUAGGAGAAAUAUUUGCUCAUUCCCGUUAAUUUUACUACUCUUAUUUAAGUCAAUGAUAUUCUACAUACCAUCCAAUACGACAUGACUUAGUUUAUUUAAUUUAUUCGUAUUAACAUCGAUAUUUAGAAGGCUUUUUGACUUUUACCUAUCUUUAUCGUGACCAAAAAUGUUACCAACUUCUAAAUAUCUUUGUUAAAUAUGCGAGUUAUUCUAAGAGUAGUCAUUUGUUUAAGUAUAUUUUUUGCAAUAAUUAAUUUAUUUACCUGCAAUAAUUAUGAUUGAUUCGGAAUUGUAAUCCAACGAAUUUCGCUAAGCAAUACUUAUCGGAGUGUCAACCUAUUGUUGUUUAUGCUCUCUAUGUAUUUUAACGUUGGCAAUAUUAUGUUUGACAAUUUUAUCGAUAUUUUUAUUUAGUUAAUGAGAAUCAUAUUCAGAAUCUCGACGCAUGGCAAUCUCUAUAUCAUGAUCUUGGGGCCACUUGGUAAAUAUAGUGAAUGUUGAUCACCCACUCAGUAUUUAUACUUUCUGUCAAAAUAUACUCUAUUAGAAGUCGUUAAAGUUUAUAAUCGCUUGCAAUUUUGACAGAUCGCGUCAAACUGUGUGGUUUUUCGUUUGAUUUCACGUUUUUAUCACAUAUCAGUGUUGUUAAUAUUGUAAAUACUGUCGUGUCGUGUGGAUGGCAAUAUUGUUAAGCGUUAUAGGAGUCCACGAGAGCUUGUGAGAAACAUAUUUAGCAUACGCUACCUAACCAGAGUGUUGUGGAGUACCUUAGAGCUUCUAUCUUUAUAAACGUAAGAUAACUAAAAUAUUGCUAAUGCAUUUAAACUAAAUAAAGUUGCUAUACGUGUUAUCUUAAUAAAGCGAUUUUAAAAGAUCAAAUUAAUUAAUAAUUGGAUUGGUGUGGCGUAACCUAAAUAUGUUUCAAGUUAAUUUAUUCCCGCGUUUAUUAUUUAGCUCGUGAUUACCUAAUUUGAAUCUCGUGUCUACCCAGUAGUUAGUGAAUACUGUUUUAUUGUUAACAUUUAUAUUCUUUGGGUGUAAUUCAUUCGAAUACUACAACUUUUAACCCAAAGAUAACGUGACAUUUUUUUUUAUAAUGCGCGACUGUAAGUUUGUGCUAUUAAGUUUUCAUUGUCUAUGGUUCCACGUUGUUUGUUUUUAAAGUUUUUUCACUUGUCGUGAAUGCGUUUUGUGAUGUGUAUUAUCUAAUCGUGUAAGCUUGACUGUCUGUGUGUAUGUUUGAUUGUGUGUGUGACUGUUCUUGUGUGUGUGGUUUCUCGAUUCGAUUUGUAUCGAUAUUAUAAUUGUCUUUUCACAUACAAUUUACAAGCAAAAAAUUCAAGUUUAAUCGAUUUUGUGGGUUUGAUAUUUAUCUGAAAUUCACUGCCAUAACUUCUAUGCCUUGAAAAUAACAAUAAUUUAGGUAGAUACCGAAUAACAACUUAAGGCGUAUCGCUUACAUACUAAAUGAUUCCGAUAAAAUAUAUUUUAUUUGCUCUCAGAACUAUAAUAUUGCUACAAAUCGCAACAGCAAUUGGCUGUAAUAAUCGUCUACUAAAAUAGCCUUACUAACUUAAUUAAACAUUAAUCGCUAAUAAAAAUACAUUUAAAUCGUAUAUACAUUCUUGCUAGAUUAAUCGAUGUGGAUUUAAAAAGGAAAAGAAAGCAUUUGAUUCUAAAUUGAAGUGUAAUAAAAUGAAAUUUAGGUGUUUUUCGUUUUAAAAGUACUUUUAGCUUAAUUAUAAUAAUUAUCUUUCAAUAGUAUUCUCGAUUUGCCGCGCAUUUCCAAUGCGGCUUUGCUAAACAAUAUAAUUAGGUGUAAUAGUAAUUUUUAAAAUUCUUUUUUUAGGCUUAAGUCGUAAUUUAAGGGCGCUGGCUUAUUUUCACAGCUAAUAGCAAUUGCAUUUUAAAACAGUAUUUUUUUACUUCUUAAUGACGCAUUUUUAACUACAGUAUUUAACAAUAAAUUAUUAUUAUUUUAUUGCUCUAGCAACACAGCCGAAAAUUAAAAAAAAAACAAUUUAUUAAAAAAGUGGUUUUUCUUUUGUCGUUUGGUUUACUUUUUAGGUUCUUGUGAGAAUAAGCCAGCAUCGUAGGUUAAAACAGCUGGAGAGGGAGACAACGUAGCCCACCCAUCCCCGUCCCUGUACUCGUACAGAGCGACUUAACCCAACACCCCGUGUUGUUAUAAACACUUAAAUAUAUUCUUUAGUUUACUGUCAAUGUUAUUAUAACGA